AUGCCCAAGUUCUCUCCCAAAAAUCUAAAAGCACAAUUCCUGGCUAAAGCACAUCGAGCGCCUAAUUCUCUAUCAAAACACGCUGCUCCAGAGCCUCCAGCACCUACAGCAUUCCCUCAAACUUUUUGCACAAUUUUCGACCGUCCAACGCCUUUGAUGUAUGUAUUUUUUUUUAUCUAUAUGAAUGAACUUGGAACAGUGCAAUAUGGUCUCAUCAUGGAGCAGAUGUCAUGCGCGAGGCGAGGCUCGAUCAGGGGGAGGAGAAGAGGAGGAACGCCGGGGGGAGAGAUGAUGCGGGAGAUGUAUAUGGACGUGCUGCCGCCGGUGGACCACAUAGCCGCACGGAGCAACUGGUUCCCGGCCGCGGCGCCUCUCUGGACGGCGGAGGAGAACAAGCGGUUCGAGUCUGCGCUCGCCGGGCUCGACCUUGGCCGCCCGGACUGGGAGAAGGUGGCGCGGGCCAUCCCCGGCCGGACGGUCCGCGAGGUCGUCAGCCAUUUCAAGAACCUCCAGCUCGACGUCCAGCAGAUCGAGAGCGGCCAGGUGCCCUUGCCGGUCUACGGCGGCGGGGCCAGCUCGUUCACUCUGCAGUGGGACAGCAAUGGCGGCUACGGCCCCGGGGACUUCAGGCACGGGUACCGCUUCGGCGUAGGCUGCGGGAAGCGGCACCACGGCCGCACGCCGGAGCAGGAGAGGAAGAAGGGCGUGCCAUGGACGGAGGAGGAGCACAAGUUGUUUCUCUUAGGCCUGAAGAAAUAUGGCAAGGGGGAUUGGAGGAACAUAUCGCGCAACUUCGUUCAGACGAGGACGCCUACUCAGGUGGCCAGUCAUGCGCAGAAGUACUUCAUCAGGCAAACCUCCGGCGGCAAGGACAAGAGGAGAUCCAGCAUUCAUGACAUUACCACGGUUAACCUGACGGACGAGCAGCCUCCCUCGCCAUCCCAGUCCUCUCUGAUCACCAACCAGUCGAAUGCAUCAGUUCCGACUGCGGGGAUAGGCCAGUUCUCAUUGGCAGCCGAUGCCAAGCAACACGGUGCUGGAAAUCUGCCCUUCAAUUCACCAAGCCGGACCUCUGUGAUGGCGACUUACCGGAUGGAUUUGCAAGAUCAAGGUCUGCAGUGUGGCCCUCUACAUGAUCAAUUGGUCGCCAACCAGAGCGUUCUGUUCUAG